AUGAAAAACCCCCUCUGGGCCCUCGUGGCCUUACCCUUCACCACCGCCCUCGUCUUCCCAUUCCACCAUGAUGCCCUCCCCGAAGACGACAAUAGUAUCACCAUCGCCGACAAGAAUAUAGACUCCGACCUAAUCAAUGGCAUAACCACCACCCUCGCAACAGCCCUCGACCACCUCACAACCGACAUCUGGCCCACCAUCGUGAACAACUACCUCAACUACAACCCUAGUGAUUCACCCCAUCUCUACGCCCAGCACGUCUCCGAACUCGCUCCGCCCUUCCGCCAUCCCACUCCACCCCCAUAUCUCCGCCACCCCGCAUCCAAUAAGACCCUCUACGACCUCAUCCUUUCCAACCCGGAUACUUCCAUUCUCGCUCACUUCAUCCGCAACGACCACCACCUUACAAACCUUCUCAACACUACCUCCACCAACCUCACCUUCUUUGCUCCCACCGACGAAGCCAUUCGCAAACUUUACCAUCACCACCACCAUGAACACAAUACCAACAACAACAAUAUUAAAAAAACCCACAACCAAAUCCACCACAUCCUCACCUACCACACCGUAAAGGGCUCCUAUCCCAUCGACAAACUCUUCCAUUCACACACCAUCCCGACCUAUAUUCACACUGAACAUACCACCCUCCCCCAACGCAUCACCAUCCAUCCAAUCAUAACCCGCGACCUGAUGCUCAACUUCCACAGCCGCAUCAUAUCUCUCGAUAAACACGCCUCCAACGGUAUCCUAUACCACAUCGACUCGGUUCUCAUGCCUCCUCCUUCUACCCUCACUAUACUU